UUCCAUUCCUUUUUAUUUCCAAAUAUGAAGUUUGCUCUCUAUCUUGCUAUGUUUAUCGCUGCCCUUAUGGUAGUCUCUGCCGCACCUAGCAAAAAGGCUUGUAAGACCAUCACAGAUGCUCGUGAAAAUGCUGUCUGCAAAAAAUACUGUGGUAACUCUGGUUAUCUCUUGGGUGAAUGUGGUUCUACUGGUAUCUGUAUCUGUAAAAACAAGAAGAAGGCUCCUACCACUGUCACUCGCAAGCAAUAAGAAAUCCUCUAUUAAAAUAAAAAAUCACUUUAAAACUCGGCAUUUUGCUUUUUUUUUUUCUUAAUGUUUU